AUGAAGCACACCAAUACUCUGCGCGCGUUGCUUGGAGCAGCACAAAUCGUCUGGUGUCUGCCCGAUUGCAAUCAUAAGCCUGUUGUUCUGGAAGGCUAUGGCAGUUUCUCUGGAACUGAUGUUUCACAGACCUUUACUGGUAAAGACCUGCCUGAAACAGUCGAUGCGUGGCUCGGCAUAGACUACGCGACCCAGCCGACUGGAGACGGUCGCUUUCGCCCCAUCACCUGGCCUGAACCAUUUGACGGUAUCAAAUCGGCGGCAGAAUACGGACUAGUUUGCCCGCAAGUACCGACAGCGGUCGACCCUCUCGAGCGCCAGGGUGAAGCUUGCCUCAAUUUCAACAUCUAUCGUACUCGAGGUAUACCUCUGGAUGAGAAACUUCCCGUUCUUCUGUGGAUUCAUGGAGGAGCCUUCGUGCGACGCAGCUAUGCAAGCUUCGAUGCUGCCUCAUUUGUGGCCAACUCCCCCGAACCGAUGGUAGUUAUCACCUUUAACUACCGACUUGGUGCGUUGGGCUUUCUACCGUCGCCUCUUUUCGAAGACGAAGGCAUCCUUAAUCUCGCCAUUCGAGACCAGCGCCAUUUUCUUGAGUUUGCGCAAAAGCAUGUGAGCUCAUUCGGCGGACACCCAGACGCUGUGACAAUUGGAGGCCUAUCGGCCGGAGCUCACUCGGUCGCAAUACAUACUUUUCAUAACUACGGCGAAGACGAGGGCAAGCCACUCUUCGCAAGGGCCUGGUUGCAAUCCGGGUCUGUUACAGCGAGAGCAUUCCCAAACGCUUCUUACCCCCUAUACCAGCGACAAUUCAACGAUUACGUGGAUUUGGUUGGGUGUGGCGAAGCUGUUAAGGACAGCAAUGCUGCUGCCAUGGCAUGCCUAAGAAGCGCCGACAUCGACUCUACACGGAAUGCGAGUAAUACCGUCUUCCAAAAGUACAAUCCGGCCAUUACCUGGCCAUUCCAACCUGUCACCGACGGUCCCCUCUUCGAAAAGGCUGGUUCCCAAUCUGGGUACGACGAAACGUUCUUCAAGGUUCCUGUCUUAACUACAACAACCACCGAUGAAGCCAAAAACUACAUCCCUGGGACUCUGGAAACCAAUGAUGAGUUCAUCAAUUUUCUUCAUAAUAUUUCGCCCAGCCUCAAUAGCACCGAUAUUGCUCUACUUGAGGCUCUUUACCCCGAUCCGGCGACAAACUCCGAUUCACCCUAUGCCGGCUCGCCGAAUAGUACACAGUACAACCGUCUCUCGGCUGCAUGGAGCGACUACGCCUACAUCUGUCCCAGCCAGGAAACAGCUUAUCGCAUGUCGAAUGCCGGCUUGCCAGCCUGGAAGCUUCGUUGGAACGCUAACAAUAACUUUCCCGCAUGGCAAGGUAUCCCUCAUGCAGCGGAUAUGCAAUAUUCAUGGGCCGAACCCACGACGCAGUAUCCCAAUAUCGCCCAGAUAUACCACAGCUACCUGGCCAGUUUUGUGCUGACUGGUGAUCCCAAUAAGCUUCGGAAGCAGGGUAGCACUGAGUGGCCUGCUUACACACCUGCGGGCUAUGGAGCCGAGGCAGAGGCACCAUUGCAGCUAGUAGUCGGAUCUGACGGGCCGGAGGUGGAGAAGGAUGAUAUUAGGAGGGGAACAGUGCUUGUUCUGGAGGGACCCUGA